UUUCUUGUUUUCUAAACUCUUAGAAUCCAUUUUUCAUCAUCACUUUCGUUCAAAGAACUAAGUUUGAAACUCAUGGCCAUCCGUUUUCAGAGGAUUAUUCCUGCCAAGCAGAUCCUGAGACGCAUCCUUCCAUCUCCAGAGUCCACAAGUGUGCCCAAAGGCUAUGUUCCUGUCUAUGUUGGAGAAACUCAGAAGAAGAGAUUUGUGAUUCCAAUUUCAUACUUGAAGCACCCUUCAUUCCAAAGCUUGCUAAGUCAGGCUGAAGAAGAAUUCGGGUUUGAUCAUCCAUUGGGUGGUCUCACAAUCCCAUGCAGGGAAGAAGCCUUCAUCAAUCUAACUUGCAGCUUGAAUUGCUCAUGAGCAAGAAGGAAAAUCUAGACAGUACCAGCCUGAAGGAUAUACCAAAUCUCUAACACCAUUGACCACAAAAACCAAUGCCAGCAAUUUUUGGAUUAUGAGAAUUGUGUUUUUUGUAGUGAAAACAAUGUAAAUUUCUUUUAUUUUUCUGUAAAGAAAAUUGACAGCCAUAUCUCUUCGUCUCAAUUGAAUAGCUCUGCUUUUGACUUAUA